AUGGGCCACGAGGAUGCUGUUUACCUUGCCAAGCUCGCCGAGCAGGCCGAGCGCUACGAGGAGAUGGUUGAGAACAUGAAGAUCGUCGCUUCCGAGGACCGUGAUCUCACCGUUGAGGAGCGCAACCUCCUUUCCGUCGCCUACAAGAACGUCAUCGGUGCCCGCCGUGCCUCGUGGAGAAUCGUCACCUCUAUCGAGCAGAAGGAGGAGUCCAAGGGCAACUCUACCCAGGUCAGCCUCAUCAAGGAGUACCGCCAGAAGAUUGAGAGCGAGCUUGCCAAGAUCUGCGAGGACAUCCUCUCCGUUCUUGACCAACACCUCAUUCCUUCCGCCACCACUGGCGAGUCCAAGGUCUUCUACCACAAGAUGAAGGGUGACUACCACCGUUACCUCGCCGAGUUCGCCGUUGGUGACAAGCGCAAGGACUCCGCCGACAAGUCGCUCGACGCCUACAAGAACGCUACCGACGUUGCCCAGACCGAGCUUCCUCCCACUCACCCCAUCCGCCUCGGCCUUGCCCUCAACUUCUCCGUCUUCUACUACGAGAUUCUCAACGCUCCUGACCAGGCUUGCCACCUCGCCAAGCAGGCCUUCGAUGACGCUAUUGCCGAGCUCGACACAUUGAGUGAGGAGAGCUACAAGGACUCCACCCUCAUCAUGCAGCUCCUCCGCGACAACCUUACUCUCUGGACCUCUUCCGAGGCCGAGGCGCCCGCCGCUCAGGGUGAGGCUGCCCCCGAAGAGCCCAAGGCUGACGCCCCUGCGGCGGAGGAGCCCAAGGCCGAGUAA